AUGAGGACCGACGGUGUCAAAGUGCGAGACACUGACCAGUUCGUCUCUAGGCCUGCAAAGUGGUCGAAGUCCAUUUCGGUUAGAGCGAGCGCGCUGGCCCCCACAGCGCUGAGCAAUGUACCAAAUGAAUCAGAGACGCCGACCACGUACUCUUCAAUACAGCAUCUGGGGCGCGGCAGCAAGUCCGUACGCUCUUCUCAUCGGGUGUACAUGAAGUAA